GCAGUUCAGGUCGGAUCUCUGCCGGAGCUCCAAAAAGGGGGCCCAGGAUCAAGUUUUACGCUAACGCAAUCAAUCGUCGUCUCUCCCUUUCUUCGCGCGAUCUCCCUCUCUUUCCCCUUCAUCCAUCGCCAUCUCUGUUAGCUAACGUUCGAAUAGUACGUGGCGCUGAAGGUACAAUGCAAAAGUGGAUCGUUUGAGCAACAUGUGGAUGCAAAAUCUUCACUUUGGUUUUGCAAUAUAAAGUCUGGAUUUUCCCAAGUAUGUUCUUGAAGGGUCUUCAGUGAAAUAGAGGACCCUUCAGACAGGAAUUUCGUGUUUAGCUAGCUCUUACAACCAAUAAGACCAUUUUCUCAGUGCCUACGCCGUGGUUGGUGUAGAAGUUCUAUAAAGUUUGCUAAACAUGCCAGCUGUACAAAAGCUUUAUAAUACUUGCAAGGCAGCACUUUCGACGAAUGGGCCGGUUUCAGAAGAGGCUCUUGAAAAAGUCCGUGCUUUAUUAGACAAAAUCAAGCCUUCUGAUGUCGGUCUUGAACAGGAGGCACAAUCGGUACGAAGUUGGACUGGUACUUUGCGCGUGCGUAACGGAAAUCUUCGGUCAAUGCCAACUAUCAAGUACCUGCAUUUACAUGAGUGUGAUAGCUUUUCUAUCGGAAUAUUCUGCAUGCCUCCUUCCUCUGUCAUUCCUCUUCAUAACCAUCCUGAGAUGACAGUGUUAAGUAAGCUACUGUAUGGUUCUUUAUUAGUGAAAGCAUACGAUUGGAUAGAUGUACCAGGGCCUUCUGAUCCAUCUCAAGGUGCAAGACCAGCAAGGGUUGUGAAAGAUUGUGAGAUGAGCGAUCCAUGUGGUACCACAAUUCUUUAUCCAAGCAAUGGCGGCAAUAUUCAUUGUUUUAAAGCGAUUACCCCUUGUGCGUUUCUUGACAUUCUCUCUCCACCAUACUCUUCUAAGGAUGGCCGGCAUUGCACUUACUUCCGGAAGUCUCCCAAAGGGGAUCUUCCAGGCGAGCUUGAUGUAGAUGGAGUCGCAAUCUCAGAAGUGACCUGGUUGGAAGAGUUUCAGCCUCCCGAUGACUUUGUAAUUCGGAGAGCGCAGUACAAGGGGCGCGCCAUUAAACCUUAGGCUUCAUUUUGUUUUUGUCGAAUCAGAUUUUGGAUACAUCGAGCACUUGUUCAUUCGGGUAUUGGUGAUUGGUGAGGUUAAUUUAUGGUAUAUGUCUCAUAAUCAAUGUGAGAAUAAUGAGACUUGUGGUGGUCUGAGAAUAGGCAUUUCAUAUGUACAUAUUUAUUAAUAUACCAAUUACCAUACAUUAGUUUACUGACCUCACCUUGGAACUAGUGGGCAGUUAGACACUAUUAUUUGAAAAGAAAUUGCACUCUGUUUUGUUCUCCCCAAAA